AUGGAAGACAAGUUCCAGCUGCGAGCCUCUCUAGGUUCCAAAUUACCGAAAUUUGGCGCACCCAAGCCUGUAGGAAGCUUUCUGCAACGGGGCACAAAAUGGCACAUGUAAUGGGAUAUCCGCUAAGGGAAACUUUAGUGUUGAAAAGCACAUUGAACAUGACAGGGCACCUGCAUUUACUUUAAACUGGAGCAAAUCAAGAUAUCACCAAAAUGACCAAAUUUCAAGAGCAUCUCCUAAUCUUGCCAUUGAAAAAAACCUCAUCCCAGGUAAUGGUGCAGAAUGAUGCACCCAGAUUAGGCAUCACAAAACCUGGGAAGCAAAGCAACAUGUUGGUGUCACAUAAAGAAGACUUUAGCGACAAUGUACUGUCUAGUUCAACUAAAUUUACAAAAGGUACCCAGUUUGGAAGGAUGUCCUACCCUGGGUUGAAUGGACAUAAACCACUGGCUAAUGGACUUUACACAACUAAGCCCCCAACCGGCUUAUAUAGACCAAGAGCCAAUUCUGCUACAGGUAGAAACUUCACCAAUAACAUCUUUCCUGACAGCAAGCCAUUCUCUCAUGUUAGGAGAUCACAGAGCUUUUCCCACUCUAUUCAGAAUUCCAAGUUUCCAACCGCAGGAUUGACCAGGUCCUAUUCUCUUCACAGAGAAACUGAUAUGACGAAGAUACAUCAGUCACAGCAUUUUUAUUUACACGGACAGAUCUUAAAUCCAGGACUGCAAAGCAGUAUGGUCUGUCAAAUGGAAAUGAGCCACACAUGAAAUCUAUGUUUACAAGGACAUAUUCUACAGGUCUAACAUCUAGCUUAAAGAAACCUGUUUUUACAAAUGGUCCUGUGGCUUCAGUUCCUUUAGGUUACAGAUUAACCCGUCCAUCUUUACAAAAACCGAACACAGCACUGUGCACCAGGGAGAUCAUUCCUGAUGGAACAAAAGGAUCUUCUGUCACUCUAGUAAACAACAAAAUUGAAUUCUUGUCAAAUGGGACUUGCCAAGCAACAGACGUACACCAUAAAACGGAAGACAAUGACUUGGACAUUGAUAUUCUAUCUUCUUGCAAAAAUCUAGAACGGCAAGACUUCAGAGAUAGUUACUUCAGUGAAGAUGUGGAUGAACUUUCUAUUUCCUCUUUGUCAUCGUCUGACAAGAAUGAUUUCAGUGAGGAUUUUAGCGAUGAUUUUCUAGACUUGGAGGAUGCAAAUAAAACCAUUAUAGUGGAAAAACCAGAGAAGACAUUCCCUGAUGAGCCAUCACAACGUUCGUUUGCUGAACUGAAAGAUGAAAAGCAAAAUAUUAGCAAUAACACAGAUGAGUGGCUUGAUAUGAAUAUGUCUGAUUUGGAAGAUAAAGCACUCAGUGAUGAAAAACUUGAUAAACACUUACAAGAAGAGCCAUUAUAUUCACUGGGUGAACUUAAAGCCAGGAAUCAACGUAACAGCAAUACUUCAGAUGACUGGAUUGAUGUGAAUAUAUCAGUACAAAAUGAAGCAGAUACCAAAAGCCAUUCUUAUGUGGAGAACGGAGUAUCUCCAGACAUGGAUUAUAGAGACCCAUCUUCAUUGGAGCUUUCUCCAUCUGACAGCUCUGGUGGAACUUAUAUGUGGGAUGAAGAAGGAAUGGAGCCAAUUGGAAAUGUCCAUCGGUGUGAGAGCUAUGAGUCUUCAGAAAUGAACAGCCUGGACAUCCUCAAUAAUAUUGAGACCUGUGACUUGGAAGAGGAUGACCUAAUGCUUGAUGUGGAAAUACCAGAGGACCCGCCAUGUGACCCUGGUGAAGUUGAGAAUAUGAGUCGUUUUGAUAGAUCUGAGCGAAGUUUGAGGCAACAAAAACUGUUUUGGAAGAGGAAUCCUCCCCGACUUAAUGGACAAGAGCAAUACCACCUAAGCAAUCCUGAACACUACCACAAUGGCAGGGGAUCUUCUUGCCUGGAGUCUCCAUCUGAUCAAAAAGAUAGCUAUGGAAGUCCCUAUUGUAGCCCGCUGUCACCAAGGUCUCCUCAGACAAUUGGCUUACAAGAAAACACUGUCAUGCUGGAUGAAAUGACUCUGCGACACAUGGUCCAAGACUGCACCACUGUAAAGACGCAGCUUUUAAAGCUGAAGCGGUUACUGCAACAAGAGGAUGACCCAGAGUCACCAGUGCAAGACUUACAGCUAUGCAUCCCAACUAUGACUGAGCAAAAGGAGGUAGAGACACAUUUAAAGACUGAAGACCUGCUGACUGAGAUCCAGCAACUAAAAGAAGAAUCUAGAAAAAAGGAUGAGAUGAUAAAACAAUUACAGGAACAACUGAAAACAAAAUGUAAAUGCCAGAAAGAAAGUCAAGAGCCCAAGGAGGAGAAGUCAAAGCAGCAUGACAAGUUUACUCAGACCAGCUGGAGAAGGAGUUCAAGUGGGUAUUCUGCUCCCUCCUUCUCUCCCUGGCAGGGCCCAUACCAGGGGAGUCCUCGGAUCGGUCCACCGCACCGCAGACAGAGAUUUGAGGAGUUAGUCCAUUACUUCUCUGAUAAAGCGUGUCUCAAAUACUACAGUGUUCCAGCAGCACCCUCAGUUCCACAGACCACCCCUCGGGAAAAUUAACAGCAUGUCAACCUAUCGGGGUCCCAAAUGA